AUGGCGGAUGAUUGUAUAGACAUCGAGAAGCUCUACGAGUAUGGGGAAAAACUCAACGAGGCCAAAGACAAGUCCCAAUUCCAUAUAGGUGAAAAGCUUGAAGCUUCAAUAGUUUCCUUCCAUAUAGGUGCUAUAUGCCAGUGCGCCCCGAAACAAGCUAGCCAAAACAAGACUAAAUGCUUUAGCAAUUAUGCGAAAGAAUACUGCUAUGUGCGAGUACAAGCUAUAUGUGGGCUUCCUCUUUUUUGCAAGGAUAAUCCGGAACAUCUGGCUAAAAUUGUUGACAUCAUUGGUCAGCUCCUUGUAGCAGGAGAUAACGUGGAGCAUGACGCAGUGCAUAAAGCCCUCAUAUCUUUAUUGCGGCAGGAUGUUAAAACUUCCUUAACAUCUUUAUUUAGGCACAUUGGAAGCACCGAAGAUCGAAGUGCUGAUGAUAUUAGCACUUGGGAGACCAUACGUGAAAAGGUUCUCUGCUUUAUUAAAGAUAAGGUGUUUCCUCUUAAGGGAGAGAUACUAAAGCCACUGGACAAAAUGGAGAGGCAUUUAACUAAUUUGAUAAAGCUGAAUUUGCAAGAUGUGACAGCCGUUGAAUUUAAAAUGUUCAUCGACGUUUUGAAGAGCUUGAGCUUAUUUGGACAGAAGGCUCUUGUGGAGCGUGUUGAGGAACUUGUUGAGAUCAUUGAAGGCCAGGCUGAUCUUGAUGUUUCAGAUGGUGAUCACAUUGACCGAUUUAUAUCCUGCCUGUGCAUAGCCCUACCGUUUUUCAUGAGGGGUGCAUCAAGCAUUAAGUUUCUCAACUAUCUGAACAAGCAAAUUAUACCAGUCUUUGACAAGCUUGCUGAAGAGGAAUGUUUAUGCAAGACUACAGGAUGCAAGACAGAUUCUUCCAUCAAUUGUUCAACUGUUAAAGGUAUUUAUUUUGAAGGAGAUGUAAACUGUGCCGAUUUUCAAGUUGCCUGCAUAUUAUCUAUUACCGCAAAUGCCACAAACAGCCUGUGCGGCUACAAGAUAGUUACUGGUCAGCCUUCAGACAGACUUGGAGAAGACUUUUCAGAUCUAAACAAGGCCUUUACAGAGAGAUUGAGCACUAUUGAGGUUUUAGCAAAGGCUAUGAAUAAGAAAUUGACCCAAGGGAUGGUGUAG